AUUGAAGACCAGAAAACUGGUUGGUUAGGAAUUGGAUACAGAAAAUCUCUACUCCAAAAAAGAAAAAUGGCGACGCUUUCAUUUUCAUGCUCAUCUCCUUCUUUGAAUAACCAGCCUCAAGCUCUGCUUCUUCGCUCCUCCCGUUUGCCACGUGUCCCCUCCUACUCUUGCAAUCUUUACAACGGUCCCAAGAAAAACGGAAACCGAUAUAUCUUCUGCUGCAAGAAUCCCGUGCCUGAUACAAAAACAGGUGUGCAAGUUAAAGAAGAAUGUGUAACCAAGAGAAGAGAACUCCUGCUACAGGCAGGCUCUGUUGCAUUUUCUCUGUCCGCUUUUAGUUCGAUCGCAUUGGCAGAGAAUGAUGUCGCUGAGGAUUUUCGUGUUUAUUCAGAUGAUAUCAACAAGUUUAAGAUAAUGAUACCUCGUGAUUGGCAAAUAGGCGCAGGAGAAGGUGAUGGAGUGAGGUCGCUCAUAGCUUUCUAUCCUCAAGAAGCUUCUAAUACAAAUGUCAGCAUUGUAAUCACAAGCCUUGGUGCUGAUUUCACCAAAUUGGAAUCUUUUGGGAAAGUUGAUGCUUUUGCCGAGAAUCUGGUUAGUGGAUUAGACAGAAGCUGGCAAAGGCCGGCAGGAGUGAAAGCAAAACUCAUAGAUAGCAAAGCUUCUAAAGGGUUGUAUUACAUCGAGUACACUCUCCAAAAUCCCGGUGAAAGUCUCAGACAUCUAUUUUCAGUGCUUGGGAUAGCAGACAACGGGGUUUACAAUAGGCUGUAUACUCUCACUGGACAGUUUGUAGACGAGGAGGCAGAGAAAUACGGUGCCCAAGUAGAGAAGGCUGUUUCUUCUUUCAGAAUAAUAUGAUGACAUAAUAGCGAGCAAUAUCACAAAUUUUGGCUCGAGCUUCUGGUUUGCUAAUUUGUGAAUGGCAAACAUCAUCGGUGAGAUCAGCACAGUGGAUCCUCCAAACCCCACAUAAGAACAUAUUGUGGUUAAGGUAUAUUGUGAUGACUUAGAGGGUGUUUGGCUAAGCUUAUAAGCUGAUCAAACUGGCUUAUAAAUACUUUUUGGCUUAUCUACGCGU